AUGGAAGCCGCUAUGGAAGACCCUGUUGGAGACCCCAUAGCAGUCCCCGUCGAAGCCCCCAUCCAAACCCCUACCGAAGACUCUGUAGAAGAUCCUGUGGACGAAGAGAAGAACAAGAUACAGAUAUCCCCGCUCACAGGCAAGAAGCUGAGCGAACAUGAGAAAUGGGGCUUGAGGGGUCUAAAAAAAGAGCAGCACCCGGUCUUCUGGGAGCGGGUUAUCUAUUGGUGUAGAGAGUGGUUUACGGAAGCCAAGUGGAGGGAAGUUGUACGCCGGAUUGAGCGGGCCGCAAAAGAAGACAACGUUAUCGUAUUUGGAUGGCAUCCACCAAUGCAGCCUACACAUUCGACCACUGCAAAAGGCAUCCGUCGGCUACUAUGCUCCAGUUCUUCGUCACUCACCUCGUCGACGGGCCCGCAUCCAUUGCGCCCAGCACACCUCCCGCGUAUCGUCACCUCUUCUUUAGCAAGUGUACGACCUCGGUGGGAUGUCGUGGCUUCUGGUCCUCCAACCCCACUAUCUGCUACUUCAGGUCCCAUCAAGAAUGCCUUUGCUGAGGGAGGUGUAUGGGCAUCUCUCUCGCCCAAGACACCCGCGAGUGUAGCUUCUGUCGCAUCAACGCGCAUCACUGCCGUACCACUUGGACUUUGGGCGUCAGACCCACCCAACGACCCUGAUGCCAAAUCGGCCUACGAUGAAGUACGUAGAGACGUGAAGAAGAUGGCUCUCCAUCUAUGCGCCAACCGACACGCCCUCCGCCUAUCUUCUGACGGCCAACACGAUGUCAUCCACCCAUCCAUGGUCAAGCCCAAAGACGAACUGCAAGCCUCGCAAUACGUUCUCAACUCGUGCCAGCUGGACCUCUCGAUGCAUACCGACCCAACUCUGCGGUGUAAGAUAGAAGAGCUCGCCGAUGACGAAGCUUCCCAUCUCCGUAAUUACAGCAUCCAGACGGCCCAGAAGCUAGAAGAUGUUGGUUCAUGGUUAAGCAUCAAUGAAUACACAGGGGAGAUUAGUACUACACUUGAUGCACAACGCAAUCUCUUGCGUAUGAAUCGCGAGCGGCGCCAGAAUCGAGAAGUGAAACUUACCGAGGAAGCAGUGCACUGUGCGUGGGCAACCAAGGUAGUCGAUGACGCAGAGUACAUUGUCAAGUGUCGUGCUGAAGCUGGAGACGAGGAUAGCAGCGACGACGAAGGAUACGACUACGAGAACUUCGUUCGCAGUCUGCGUAGUGCAAGCAGCAGUUGCGUCUCCUUAGUCGAAGAGAACACAGUAACUCGAGAACGCAUCCUUCGCGAUAUCUCAACGAACGCAUACAGCAUCAAAGACUCACAAGACUGCACUCGCACACCAGGCUACAGGUCAACCAGCACCCCCACACCCUCUUCCCAUCCCCCUUCCGACCUCCCCUUCCGCAACCACAACAGCAUCCCGACAUCGACUUCCCACCGCUCCACCAGCACAACCCAACACCCCCGACCCCGACCCCCCUUCAUCCCCACCAUCACCACCGGCCCCAUCGUAAACUCCGACCUCCGCACCUCCCGCCGCCACGCCCCCACCCUCCAAGACCUCACCGACUGGGCCGACGAACUCAAGAAAAUGGAGCGCAAACGCACAGAACUCCGGCUUACAGGCACCCUGACGUACGAUACCGAUGUGCAUCCCGCCUUACGCCCCACACCUGGUAGUACGUCGCUGUAUAGCACUCACAGCAGGGUGAGGAGGAGCUUGGCGAGUACGGCGAGUAGCGUGUCGUGGAGGUGUGAGACUGCGUCUUUGGUGGAGAGGGAGGCGGAGACGCCGAGGGGAGAUGGGGAACAGCAGCAGCCGUGUCGUGUGUCCAGGCAGAGUCAGGAAGAGCAGGAUGCGUGGGUUAGGGAGUUGGCGAGGAUGGAGAGUAAGGAGAAGAUGAGGCAGGCUGAGCGGUUCAUGUAA